AUGUUUGAUCCAGUUCAGUCAUCCACCUACAAGAACCAGAGAUGCCCCACCAGCUUUCGCACGAUAUUGCCCCAGUAUGGUUGCACCAGCAACCAACUUUGCUGGUUCAGAUAUUCCUAUGGAGACAAAUCCACCAUGCAAGGCAUUCUAGCCUCCGAGACACUCUUGUUUGACGAUGGUGCCGGCAAUGGCAAGCUUCCAGGAAUUGUCUUUGGUCGCAUUCAUAGUGAAUGCAAUCCAAAUCCUGCCUUGCUUAAAGUUCCUGGCCUUGUUGGCCUCGGCGGUGGUCCUCUCCCGCUUGUUAAUCAGAUUGGCUCUUUUAUUGAUAAGAAAUUUGCUUAUUGUCUUCCUCCCUAUAGCAACGAAAACAAUUCCCUGGGACAGCUCAAAUUUGGCAAGGACACAGAGUUUUCAGGCAAGGAAGAAGUUCAAGAAACUCCGAUGGCACCAGGUGGUUCUCAGGGCACGUAUUAUGUUCUCAAUGUAACUGACAUAGGCGUCAGGGACAACAGACUCAACAUACAAUUUGGUGGUUCAAAGAUGACUGCAUUGUUGGGAGAUGCCAGAUUGAUCAUCGUAGACUCGGGCACCACGCUCACUUUUCUUGCUAAAGAUGCAUAUGGUCAAGUAGAAAAUGCGGUGGCUAAUGUCAUAAACCAUGAACACUUCUAUCAUCCUGAGAAAGAUUUACUUUGUUACCAUGUACAAAAUAAUGCUUCAGAUGCUGCUUAA